AUGUCGCCUGCUCUCCUCCUCCGCGCCGCUUCGCGCCGAACCCCUACGGCCUUCUUCAAGGCGUCCUACGGUGCCCGAUCGAGGCUUCCAGCGGCCACUUCCGCCUCUACUCCUGCAAUCGUUGCCCUUGGUGGUGCUAGUGGCUUCAGCUCGACAGCAAAGCGGUGCAGCGGUGCGCAUGAGGAGGAAACCUUCGAACAAUUCUCCGUCAGAUACGAGAAGGAAUUCGACAGUGUUCAAGACGUCUUUGAACUCCAGCGAAAUCUCAACAAUGCCUUCGCUUACGAUCUUGUUCCCUCCGUCGCCGUCAUGACCGCCGCCCUCAAGGCUGCUAGACGAGUGAAUGACUUCCCAACUGCCGUUAGAAUCUUCGAAGGUAUCAAAGCCAAGGUUGAAAACAAGAGCCAAUACGAGGCAUAUCUCGAAGAGCUUAAGCCUUUGCGAGAAGAGCUUGGUAUCUCCCUUCAAGAAGAGAUGUACCCUUCAGAGAGUAAUUAA